ACAACUCAUCAAAGAACGAUACAAAACCACCAAAGAAUCACCAAAAAACGACGAAGACAAGAACACCGAAAGAGCACCUAAAGCAAAAAAAGAAUUAGUAGUAAGCACAAGAACAAUCACCAGAAAACGACGUAAAAUCGAUGAAGAAUUACCAGGAAAUGACGCAAAAUUGACAAAGAUCACCAGGAAACGACGACGCAAAGUCCACCGAAAGAACGCCUAA